CAUAUGCCCGCCUUCUCCUCCCGCCUCGCGACCGCCCGCGCCUGGGUCGACCCCGAAUCCCUCCCCGCCUACCUCGACGCCGCCGAUAUCUCCGGAAACGUCCCGCAGCACAUCAAGCAGCUCGUCCUCAAUACUCUAGGCGCGUAUGGCGUCGGCGGUAGCGACUGCUUCGCGCAUACAGUCGGGCGCCGCAUCCGCAUCGCGGAGAUGAACUGCCAUAAGCGGGGCGAGAAGACGGAGGUCGUCGUCGUCGCCGAGGCGCAGGCGUGCAAAGAGAUGCUGAAUGGCGCGGGCACUGUGCACGGUGGCUGCCUCUGCUAUCUCAUCGACAACUGCGCGUCCUUCCCACUCGUCGCGCUCGGGCUUAUGCUGGAGAUCAACGGCGUCGGGGUCAGCCAAGCCAUGAAUGUCUUCUUCCACGCGCCUGCUGCCAUAGAUACAUGUAUGCGCAUAACGAGCACGUCCGUUACCCUCGGCGGGCGAAUAAUGACGUCUCGGUGCGAGGUGACCGACAAGAAUUCGGGCAGGCUCAUCGCCUCCGCGCUCCUCAGCAAGAUGCAGCCGACGAGCCCCGCCGUCCGCGUCAAGGCGCGCCUAUGACCCAGAACACCGCGCAUACAGCCACCUCCCACCGCGCCCAUGCGCCCAGGGUACUCCAUCUACCAUCAGCGCACCGGCACUUCCGGCACUCCUUACACCUCGGACGGGGAAAACCGUCGCACUGCAGCACAUUCCACCCUGCGGGCUCCACCCCUCCACCCGCUCGAACGCUUUAUACUUAUAGAUCAAGCACGCAAGACACCUCUCAUGUACAACAUUCGGGCCCCACUGCUCGCUCGGUUCUCUGGUCUGGCCGUGGAGGUCUGUGGACAGGUAGCAUUUAAUCAGUUUGGACGGACACAGGAAUGGAAGCGGGUACGAGUUUUGUGUUGGUACGAAGUUUACAU